UUGCAUUGCUUGAUUUUGUUAAUGUGUGACAAUAUGUCCUUAGAAUAUCAAAGACCGACUGGACAGACUUGGAGAGCAGAUUGCGGUCAUUCAUGAAAAGCAGCCCGACGUUAUUGUAGAGGCCUCUGGACCCGAAGCCAUCCAGAUCAGGGAUUUGCUCUCACAGCUGAAUGCAGAGUGGGACAGAAUUAAUAGAAUGUACAGUGACCGUAGAAGUUAUUUUGAUAGGGCCAUAGACGAGUGGAAACGGUUCCAUCGUGACAUGGCUGACCUCACGGUCUGGAUACGGGAGGCUGAGGAGUUACUGGCUGAGACUUAUGCCCCGGACGGCAGCCUGGACGUGGAGAAAGCCCGUGCCCAUCAGCGGGACCUAGAAGAGGGCAUCAGCAGCCACCAGCACAGCCUGGCAGCCAUCAACCGCAUCUGGGACAGCUUUGUGCAGACGUCCUCCCCUGGGAGUGGAAGCUUCCUGCAGGACAAGGUGGCAACCGUGAACUGGUGCUGGAGCUCCGUCCUUGCAGAGGUGAAGGACCGGCAGCCCAGGCUGAAAGAAGAAAGUCAGCAGGUGAUGGAAUACCGGAAGAGGAUGGACGAGAUUAUCUGUUGGUUAAACAAGGCUGAGACUACUGUGCAAAAGAAAUCAAACACCGAGCCAGGCGCAAACUUGGCAGAAUUAAAAGAGUUAACCCAAGAAAUGGAGGCCCAAGCGGAAAAGCUCAAGUGGCUGAACAGAACGGAACUGGAGGUGCUCUCAGAUGAAAGUCUGAGUUUACCUGAAAGAGAGAAACUUUCGGAAAGCUUAAGAACCAUAAACACCAUGUGGAACAAGAUAUGCAGAGAAGUCCCUGCCCUUCUGAAGGAGCCCUGCUCCAUCUCUCAGACAAGGAUUGCUGGUAAGGUAUCAUUUAUUCCUUCACAGGUGAUUCACACAGAAAAAAAUGAUGCUGUGAGCCUCAUAUAUAAGGUCCGAGAAAUUAUUUAAAAGCAGUGUGCAAUUGUGAUUUAUUCCUCUCCUUUUCAUUAUUGGAAAGGAACCUUUUUUUAGUCAAGACUUCAUUGGCUGCCCUCCCUUGACGAGGUGUUUUCUAUCAUGGUUGAGGCUUAAUCUUUCCCUGGGUGAGACAGGUGGCCAGCCACGAGUCUUGCUGAAGGAAGGGGAGAGGCGGGUGGGGAAUCUGGAAGGAAUUGAAUGGAGAUGUAUAGCCCCUGAUGUCAUCAAAUAACAUGUGCCACGUCAGCAGCUAUUUUGGCUUGCUUCAGUUGGUG